AUGGCAAAAGUCUAUCAAGUACGUUCGAUGCUCUUUGCAGCCCCAGCCGAAGCUGACAGCGAUCCAGCACCAGCAGACGCUCGUUACAAUGAGAUCGGCGUCCAGCAAUUGAGUAGUUAUGUCCAUCCUCAGAUAUUCAACGGUCGAUCGAGCGCUCCUCCUUCAUCUCUUGUUGAACUUUCCAAGGAUCAUCUCACGCGACACGAUUUAUAUGGUAGAAACCAAGAUGACUCAGGACCGAUUGCGUUUGAUCUACCAUGUGUUCAAGGCCAGACACUGGAUGAACAUUUCCACAAACUUGGCAUGGAUGCCUCGGAACCAUAUCUACAACAUGCGAAGCAGUUCGUGACAACCAACCUGCCACCAAGGCCACGAAAGUGGGUACGAAGGAGUGGCUGGACCAAGUAUAACAGUGAUGGGUCCACAGAAGAGGUUGAUGCGCCGCAAGAGAACAUGUUGUCUUUCGACACAGAAGUUAUGUGGAAGGAGAGCUCUUUCGCGGUAAUGGCAUGCGCAGCCAGCCCAAAAGCAUGGUAUGCCUGGCUAUCCCCAUGGCUGCUCGGAGAAACAGAAAAUGACCGACAAUUGAUACCAUUGGGAGAUAUCUCAGUGCCUCGGAUUGUGGUAGGCCACAAUAUUGGAUAUGAUCGCGCGCGUGUGCGCGAAGAGUACAAUAUCGAGCAAUCGAAGAACUUCUUUGUUGACACAAUGUCGUUGCACGUUGCCGUGAAUGGAAUGUGCUCUCAGCAACGGCCUACCUGGAUGAAGCAUAAGAAGAACAAAGAUUUGAGAGAAAGAAUAGCUGGUGAUGGCAAUCUGCAUGAACUCAACACGAUUCUCGACAACAGGAUGCUAAGCGAAGAGGAGGAAGAGCUCUGGGUGGGAAGGAGUUCUAUCAACUCGUUACGUGACGUUGCCAAAUUUCACUGUGGCGUCACUAUCGACAAAGCUCAGCGGGACUAUUUCGGCGAGUUAGAUCGUGAUGGUGUUUGCGAGAAGCUAGAGGAGCUUCUUGAUUACUGCGCAGCUGAUGUUGCGAUUACACAUCGAGUCUAUACUAAGGUCUUUCCAAACUUUCUCGAGACUUGCCCGCAUCCUGUCAGUUUUGGAGCACUAAGACACUUGUCCUCAGUGAUUCUACCUGUCAAUGAUACAUGGGAGCAAUACCUACAGCGCGCAGAAGCGACAUACCAGAAGCGUUUGAAGGAUGUCCAGGAACGCUUGCUGCAAUUGUCCGAUGCUGCAUUGGAGGUCAAAGAAAAGCCAAACAUUUUUGAAAGGGAUCCGUGGCUCAAACAGCUGGACUGGACUGGCCAGGAAAUAAAAAUGAACAAGCCCAAGAGAAAGGGGGAAGAGCCCAAACCCGCUGCAAGACAGAAGAAACCGGGAAUGCCCAAGUGGUAUAAGGAUCUCUUCAUGUCUAAUGCAUCCUCAAUCAAUUUGACAGUGCGGACUCGGAUUGCGCCCUUGCUCCUCAAAUUGACGUGGGACGGACACCCCCUUGUGUGGUCUGACCUCCAUGGCUGGACAUUUCAGGUUCCUUAUAUGGAUUCGGUCAAGUACGACAAUUCUCCUGUCACAAAAUGUGAUAUGUCAGACGAGAAGAAUCCAGUGCUGCGAGAUGACCAGAGACACAUCUACUUUAAACUUCCUCACAAGGACGGCCCUGCAGCUCGUUGUGCUUCUCCUUUAGCAAAAGGAUAUCUUCAGUAUUUCGAGGCCGGAACUCUAUCUUCCCAAUUUGCUUUAGCCAAAGAAGCGUUGGAGAUGAAUGCAUCGUGUUCAUACUGGAUCUCGGCACGGGAUAGAAUUACUUCUCAGAUUGUGGUCAGAGAUGCCGACCGAGACCCGGCGUUGGCAGGAAAAUCCCAGCAAGGUUAUAUUCUACCCCAGAUCAUUCCCAUGGGAACCAUAACGCGUCGGGCCGUUGAGAAUACCUGGCUUACGGCAUCUAAUGCAAAGGAAAAUAGGGUUGGUUCGGAAUUGAAGGCGAUGGUCAAAGCCCCGCCUGGUUACUCCUUUGUUGGUGCAGACGUUGACUCUCAAGAGCUCUGGAUUGCCUCAUUGGUUGGAGACGCACAAUUUCAGCUGCACGGUGGUAAUGCUAUCGGGUUCAUGACACUAGAAGGCACAAAAGCAGCUGGCACGGAUUUGCAUUCCAAGACGGCGAAGAUCUUAGAAAUCAGCCGCAAUGAUGCCAAGGUCUUUAACUACGGCCGCAUUUACGGCGCUGGCCUGAAGUUUGCGGCCACCUUACUCCGUCAGUUCAACCCUAACUUGUCCGAAGAUGAAACCAAUGCCAUCGCCACGAAGCUCUACAAGGAGACCAAAGGCACCAAAACAACCCGCAAGGCUCUAGCAACGUCGGGGUUCUGGCGAGGCGGUACCGAAUCAUUCGUCUUUAACAAGCUUGAAGAGUUUGCUGAACAAGAACGGCCUCGUACCCCCGUCCUCGGCGCAGGCAUUACAGAAGCACUGAUGCGUAGGUUCAUCAACAAGGGUUCUUUCAUGACUUCUCGCAUUAACUGGGCCAUUCAAUCCAGUGGUGUGGAUUAUCUCCAUCUUCUGAUCAUCAGCAUGGACUAUCUCAUCCGACGAUUUAAUCUCGAUGCGCGUCUGGCUAUCACCGUUCACGAUGAGAUCCGUUAUCUGGUGAAAUCGGAAGACAGAUACAAAGCCGCGAUGGCGCUGCAAGUGGCGAAUGUAUGGACGAGAGCCAUGUUCAGCCAGCAGAUGGGCAUUGACGACUUGCCGCAGAGCUGCGCAUAUUUUUCCGCCAUUGAUAUCGACCAUGUCUUGAGGAAAGAGGUCAAUAUGGACUGUAUCACACCCAGCCAUCCAGAGAAAAUCCCGCAUGGUGAGAGCCUUGACAUUAAGCAGCUGCUGGAGAAGGGUGAGGAAGCUCAUCUCGAUCCUCAGACUGAGCCACAGGGUGGCAGAGAGAUUGAUCUGAGCAAGAUCCACUACACCCCCAGAGAGACUGUGAUGAGCACACUCAAUUCAAACACUGACCUUCGAUAUCUACGCGCACAGAUUACUAGCAAUGAUGCAGAGUUGAAAGAGAUAAUCAAGGAGGUCAUGAAGGAUGAUCCUGCUUCGAAGCCUUCGCCAAGAAGCAGUGGCAGUGGCAGUGGCACCCCUCGGGGCAGAAGACCAAAACCAAAGGUUCCACCACCGCCUUAUGCACAGCCGCAGAAGGCGGUACUGAUGGAGGUUGAAGAGAGAUGGGGAAUGGCGUACAAGAAUGCUUUCGCCAAUGCCAAAAAACCCUGGCUCAUUGGGCAUGUGCAGAAAGGGCAGGCCUGGAAUAGAAGAGCAGGCACUGAUGAUGGGUUAUGGGAGGUUUGA